UUCGUAUCACAACUUAAACAUCCCGAACAUUUUGAUUUGCGCCGCUGCGGCGCCGGCGAUCGCUCCGCCGUAGCGGUCGCGCCAGGCGUCCGGGACCGGCGCGGCGACGGCGAUGGGUGGCUUGUCCGCUAUAGGGUGCGGGCACUCGAGCGUCGAGGCGUGCAGCCCGAUGAAGGGCACGACGCCCGUCGUUUUGGAGGAGCCGUACUUCACGUCGUCGCAGAUGGGCGUGCCGGCGUGGCUCAGCGCCGCGCGGAUCUGGUGCCGCCGGCCGCCGUGCGGCAGCGACACCUCGAGGAGCGUUUUACCAUCAGCCUGGGCCACGACGUCGUAGCUCGUCGCGGCCAGCUUCCAGCCCGUCGGCACUUCGAAGCUCGACCAAUCACUAGGCUCCUCAUCGAGCACGGCGAGCGACCGGCACGCCGUCGGCUUCGCAGCGCCGCCGGACGGCGACCGCAUCGCGUCGACGAGGACGGCGCUGGGACGCCGGGGCACGCCGUCGACGACGGCGAGGUAGCGCUUGUCGACGCGGCCGUCGGCGAACGCCUUCGUCAAGCGCGUCGCAGCUUUACUCGAGGCCGCCACCAGCAUGCAGCCGGACACGGGCCGGUCGAGCCGGUGCGCCGGGUUCGCGUACUGCGUGCCGCGGCCCUCCGCGAGAAACGCCUUGGCGUAGUCCGCGACGCACGGGUCGCCGGUGCGGUCGCCCUGGGACAGCACGCCCGCCGGCUUGUCGAACGCGAGGACGUGGUUGUCCUCGUACAACACGCGGCGGCGGAAGACCUUGGCGAGGUCCGCUUGCGUUGUUGUCGAGAGGGCGCGUGCGGUUGCUGCGGCGACGAGGAGGGUGCGGCGGGCUGCGUUUUGCAUCAUCCCACCGCAGCUGAGCAGCAUGCAAGUCCUUGCACGCAGCCGUACGAAUGGAUGUCGCGUUGCGAAGCGUUCCGCACGUGUGUAGGCAACCUAUUACACUGCCUUCCAGGUGCGCAACGCACUCGUGUGUCGCCACCUGCCCAAAAAACU